AGCUCCAACAGGGAGGGGAGAGAGAGCACAGAGGGAGGGAGGGAGAGAGAGAGAGAGGCAUCACGGCACGAGGACUACUCCACCGUACGCGCGCACGCUCACAGGAACAAGUGCAGAAGCAGGAGGCCAUUAAACCUCUAAAAUCAUGGAUGGGACCAAACCGGCCAUGGAGUCCACCGUGGAGGAGGCUCAGGACGAGGGACAGGAGAGCAAAGGAUGCUCCGAGUGCUGCCUGAAGUGUCUGGGUGGGGUGCCCUACGCCUCGCUGGUGGCCACCAUCCUCUGCUUCUCAGGUGUGGCUCUGUUCUGCGGCUGUGGCCACGUGGCCCUGACCGGAACCCUGACCAUGCUGGAGAACAACUUCUCCAGGGUCACCAGUGACCACGCUACCCUGGCAACUGUGAUCCAGAUCUUUCAGUACAUCAUCUACGGCGUUGCCUCCUUCUUCUUCGUCUACGCCAUUCUGCUGCUGGGCGAGGGCUUCUACACCACCAGCGCCAUCAAGAAGGAGCUGCAGAGCGACUUUAAGACGACUGUCUGCGGACGCUGCAUCACCGCCUUUUUCAUGUUCCUGACCUACAUCUUCGCCCUGGUCUUCAUCGCCAUCUUCUGCUUCACGGCCAUCCCAGUUUUCCUCUUCUUCAACAUGUGGAACACCUGCGCAGCCAUGAGAUCUCCGGAUUCCAACAUCACGUCUCCGAACUCCGUCUGCGUGGACAUCAGACAGUAUGGUCUCGUCUCCUUGAACGCUACACCAGGAAAAGCUUGUGGAGCCACACUGGGAGAUAUCUGUAAUACCAGCGAGUUCUACCUUUCCUACCACCUCUACAUCGUGGCGUUAGCCGGCGCCGGAGCUACCGUCAUCGCUUUGAUCCACUACCUGAUGAUCCUAGCGGCCAACUGGGCCUACCUGAAGAGCGCCGUCUCCACACACGAGUACCAUGACAUCAAGACCAAGGACGAUCAAGACCUGGAGGCUGAGGCGCGCUCCAAGGAGGGCCAGAACUCCUCCUCCUACUCAUAAGGACAUGACCUCCUCUCCCGCCAUUGUCCAUCUCUUCUCCAAACCUCUGUCCCCACCCCACAACACCUAACCCCCUCCUUGGGUCAUGUUCAGCAGUCUCCCACCCUCCUGAUUCUCCAUCCUCUUCCCUUUCUGCGAUGGUCCAAGUGGUGAGUGCGUUUGCUCACAGCAGAGAGGAAGAGGGUAGCGGGUCAGGAGACGCGGCGGACGGAGGUAGAUGCUUCAGAACGGGAGGGCUCGCCCGCCGGGGUCGAGCUCAGGUACGGUAGAUGGGUUCAGAAGCGCCUCCCCCCCCCCUUCCCUCGUGCUUUUGGGCGGCGGCUCGUGAACGUGGCCCGGCUGUGAUGGCCUAGCGCCCUGAGCCAACUCAGCCUCUCGAUACACAUCAAACAGCCUAAAAAAUAAUGUUCACUGCCUGUCGCUGAACGGCCAGAUAGCAACCGACUUUCUGUUUUAUUUGGUGUUUUAUAUACAUAUAAAUAGAUAUGAAUAUAAAUAUAUGGUGUGAAUGUGAGUGAGUGUGGUUUUCUUUUUUAUUUCCUCUGAAGAGUAUGCCAGCUAUCGUUAUGAUUAUUAUGGUCUUUUCUUUUCUCUCCAUGUUUUCCUUUUAUUACUCGAUACAUUAUUGCACUAUUAAAAUAAAUACGAACAGUAAGGGAGAACUUUCAAAUCCCUUAAUAACCACACCUUCCUCUAACUGGAUUAGGAUUACGGCAUCUCGAGGAUUAUGGCGAUUUUUACAUGAACAGAAUUUCUUUAAGCAUCAGAUCAGAAAUGAACAAACGUGUUUCUAUGCCUUCGUGUUGGACAGGUAAAAGCCAAACACUUUAUGUUUAAUCCACAUUCUUCACCAGCUGAAAUAAAACAUUUCUGGGUCUUAAAGGAGACGCACACCUCAGGUAUCAAACCCAAUCUGAUUUCUGUUCUGUUUAUCCAUUUGAACCCGUUCCAGAUGACUAAUCUGUGCUGUGUGAAUUAUACAACACCUGUAAAUAAUCCCACCUGUCCCUGAGGAGCCCGUUUUGGUUUGUUUUUCUCCACACAUGUAUGUAAACGUACCUUUGACACGUGUGUUUAGCACUGAUUACUAGUUCUGCAUUUGAUAUAAUAAUUGUACCGUAACAUCUGAGAUGCUUUGUCGUGAGAGGGAAACAGUGCAGUUAUGAUGGAUUCAGGUGAUUGUGACGUUUUAAGAUGUGACAAAAAAAAAACAUUUUUAAUAUUUAUCAGUUUCAGGCAGCUGUGAUGACGUAUUUGACUGAAUCUGUUUGCUAAUUUUAAACAAUUAGCCAAAAUAAAAAGUCAUUUUCUUGUUUUUUAUUUUGGGAUUUUGACGCCAUGCCUCAUAAAAGCCACGACGACUGUUUUUGGAUGUUUACACUCUGAAUAAAAAUGAGUCAGGAAUUUUCAUAAAUGCAUUUUCUAACCAGGUCUGGGUUAAUAUUUGUGUAUUAAUCACUCCUGCUGACUUUUCCUCCAAAAGGUUGAGCGGUUUCUGCUGAGGUGAAGCAUGUCGGUAUUGUCCCUGUGACCGCUGUCAACUCUGUAUACAAAAGGACUUUAUUGUGUUUUGUUUAAUAAUUAUUCGCGCUUUGCCGCUAGGUUGAUGUAAAAAGGCAGAUUUGAGUUUCCUAUAAGGGUGUUGUUGUUACCUCGUUAUUUGCAUGAAGGAGACAUGAGUGUCUUUGCGGUUUUCCAGGUGAUGUGUCGUCAUUUGUACUGGCAACUAUGGUAGGCGAUGUUUGCCCCCCCACCCUGAUCUUUUCUAUUAAAAAAAAAAGAAAAAAGAGAAACUCCAUUGUACUUUGAUGGCAUUGUAGUCCCCGUAGGUGUUUCAUUAUUCUGGUAUUCUUUUCUUAAAUUGGGAUUAGUUCUCAGACUCCUAUAUAGUGAUGAUUUUUGUAACCUUCUCUAGUAAAACCGAUAUUUUUUAUUAUCGUGA